AAUGAAGAGUUUUCGCCGCACUUUACUCCACCGGGAAAAUACACUGGUGAACUCAUUAGCGUGGAAUAUCUUCGUUCACAGUCUGAUUCAUUUGUUGACAAAAACCUUGAAAAGGAGAUAGACGACGCCUUUGAAGAUUAUCAGAGUGAGGCGGAUAAGACAACUGAGGAGACACAGGAAAUACACGAUCUUACUUUAGCCUUACCCUUUGAAUCUUCAGACAGUGACAGCGGGACAGAGGUAUGUGCAACUUGUAAGAUACUGCACUGCGGUUGUCAUGGGAGCAUGGCGUGCUUUUCUCAGCCCUGUUAAUUUUACUUUUAUAGUUAACUUUUUUUGUGCUUUUUCGUUGUCUCUUAUUUACCUACAGUCUUCUUUUUUUUUUGCAUUUUUUUCCUUUUAUCUAUUUACUAAUUCCUUGUUUGUUCUAGCUUUAGUGCCAACCUACCUCCUAUGCCUGAACAUUAUUUAGCUUUACUCAACUCGAUUAGCUUUUUAGUUAUUCUGAGUAAAUGUUACCUUUUUUUUGUAUUAAUAUAUUAUAUUGUAAAUUAAGUUAACUUUUAUUUGGUAAUAAAGCUUAUAUUGUCUUGAACACCAUAACACACAGUGAACGACACACUGGAAAAAGCGAACAGGACGAGAAGACAGGGACUUAAAAAUUAUGUUUCUUUUUCUUAGAA